CUUCGGCGGACGACGAUGAAGGACUUCAGGUGGAGAAGAGGGCGCUGCGACGGGGAAGAGAAAGCGGCGAAGAAAGGUCGAUACCGGCGGACGGCGGCGAAGGACGGCGGUGAAAGGUUGAUGAUGUCGAUCGUUCGAAUUGCAAGGAUGAUGGAUAGCUGGUGUGUGGUGGCUGCCCGCUGCGCUGCCUGUGAGAGAUGAGAAGAGAGCUGCAGCUGCUGCCUCUCUCGUUCAAUUCAUUAGGUUUAGGGUUGGGCUUUGGACUUCAUUUGGGCUGUGGGGUGAGUUGAGUGUUUGGAUUUUAUUUGGGCUGGGGUGAGUUGAGUUUAUUUGGGCUUUGAGUUA